UUGCCCCACCCGCGCACGGCCUAGGCCGGCUUCCCUUCUCUUCGUCUCGGGCCUCUCGCCCACCUCGCGCGCUCUCCCUUUUCUCGCGAGACUUAGCGCCUCGUUCCCGACGUCCGUCUCGCGGCUGAAGUGGUGGCGGUGGCGAAGCGGGAGGAAGAGAGGCGAGUGGGGAGUUCUGGCGGAGAGGACGGCGGCGGCGGCCAUGUUGGGAGUGCCGGGGCGGCUGUAGCACGAAAGGCCUGUGUGCUGCUGGUAGUGGCGGUGGGGCUCUGAGCGCUCGCCCGGGCCCAAGGGAGAGGCGGCCUAGUCCAGCGUGAGGCAGCGACCAUUGUGAGGCAGAGAGUCCGUCCCAAGCCGGGCCCGACCCAGGCGAGAGGGGGGGGCUGAGAAGGCCCCGAGCCAGGGCAUAUUGGGCCUCUGGGCAGGGCGCUCCCGCCUCGCCGGCGCCAUGAGCGGAGGGACGCCGUACAUCGGCAGCAAGAUCAGCCUCAUCUCCAAGGCCGAGAUCCGCUAUGAGGGCAUCCUCUACACCAUCGACACCGAAAACUCCACCGUAGCACUUGCUAAGGUUCGUUCUUUUGGUACAGAAGAUAGACCAACUGAUCGGCCUAUACCACCUCGUGACGAAGUAUUUGAAUACAUUAUAUUCCGUGGCAGCGAUAUUAAGGAUUUAACGGUUUGUGAACCACCCAAACCACAGUGUUCUCUGCCCCAGGAUCCAGCUAUUGUUCAGUCUUCUCUAGGAUCAUCUUCUACUUCAUUCCAAUCUGUGGGUUCCUAUGGUCCUUUUGGCAGAAUGCCAGCUUACAGUCAGUUUAGUCCAAAUCCAUUAGUGGGCCAGCAAUUUGGUGCUGUUGGUGUUGGAAGUUCACUGACAUCUUUUGGAACGGAAACUUCAGCCAAUGCUAACUUAUCCCAAAGCAAUGCAGUUGGUUCCACUUUUACAACUGAUGCAAGGUCACUAAAAACACAGCUCUCUCAAGGUCGCUCAAGUCCUUCAUUGGAUCAUUUGAGAAAGAGCCCAACUCUGGAGCAAGCAGUGCAGACAGCAUCAACCCACUUAUCUGCUUCAGCAGCAGUUGGGAGAAGGAGUCCUGUUUCAGCCAGACCUCAAGGGUCUGCUAACCAAAAAUCAUUAGAAAAUCAGGAACACAGGAAAGCUGAAGCACACAAGGUUUCAAGAUCUGAAGCAGAGCAUCUGAGAAAUGAAAACAAGCGUCAACUGGGUCCAGGUGCACCUUCAGUACGAAGGGGCCGCGGGGGGCACCGAGGAGGCAGAGGAAGAUUUGGUAUUAGACGGGAUGUUCCAAUGAAGUUUGAGAAGGACUUUGACUUUGAAAGUGCUAAUGCACAAUUCAAUAAAGAGGAAAUAGAUCGCGAAUUUCACAAUAAGCUAAAACUGAAAGAAGAUAAAUCAGAGAAACCUGUAAAUGGAGAAGAUAAGGGUGACUCAGGUUUUGACACUCAGAACAGUGAAGGCAAUCCAGAUGAAGAGGAUCCACUUGGACCCAACUGCUAUUAUGACAAAACCAAGUCUUUCUUCGAUAACAUUUCCUGUGAUGAUAAUAGAAACAGAAGACCAACUUGGGCUGAAGAAAGAAGACUGAAUGCAGAGACAUUUGGAAUUCCAUUGCGUCCAAACCGGGGCCGGGGGGGCUUCAGAGGCAGAGGGGGAGGCGGAGGAGUAGGUGGCUUCCGGGGUGGUAGAGGACGUGGAGGCACAAGAGGAAAUUACGGCACCCCUCGAGGAUUUCGUGGUGGAUUCAGAGGCGGACGCGGUGGCAGGGAGUUUGGGGACUUUGAAUAUAGGAAAGACAACAAAGUUGCUGCAUAGCCAACACAGAAGUUGAAAGCAGGUGGACCUGUAGAUUUUCAUGAUCCAGACAAUGUGUCAGUCUUUGCAAAGAAUUGUUAAUUUGCUGUAAAACUUGUCACCAGCACUGGGGUUUGUUUUUAAUUUCAAAGGGAUAUGGAGCAGUAACCUUUUUGGGGAAAAGGCCAUUUUCAAAAACAAUGUGCAUUAAAUAUAUUUGAGAUAGAAGACUUAAGUAAUUUCUUAUAUAUAGUUAAAAUAUAAAGCAGUACUUCAGUGGAGUUUUUAAGUAUUUUUUUUCAUCACAAAAAAUUAUCCAGUUGUAUUUGAUAACUACUGCAGGCUGCAAAGAAUUGUAUGCAGAAGGCCGUCAGUACUGUGAGUGUGUUGAUCCAGUGAAAGUUGUUUUUGGAAAUUCUGUAAUCUCCCUUUUGAGAUAAUUGUACUCUUUGUCAAAUAGGGUGCUGGGCAAUAUAAAACCUGAUUUUUGUCAGUCAAAAAAUGUAAACACAGUAAAACCUGUUUCUUAGGCAAAGGAAAACUUUUUAUAGUUGUAAAAUUCCAUGAUUAUCCCACUGCCAAAGAAACACUAGAUACUUUAUAUAGCUGUAUAAAAAGCAACUAAUUUUUUAAGAAUAAACAUUUUUAAGUCUGCAAACGUGCUGUGUUGAAAUGCUAAAACACCCACACCAUAACACCCACACGUUAUUUGUUCUGAUUUUUUUUCUUUGUAGCUUUUCAGCUUUAAACUUAUUUGAUUUUUAAAUUUUGACUAUAAAUAAACAUUUGAAAUAUUAUUCCAUUAUACAAAAACUGGAUACAAUAAUUUAUCUUGCAAGAAAUUUAUUUUGUAGGGGUUUGAACAGAUUAAGGGGCUUUUUCAAAUGAAGACAAACCUCACCACUCAUGUCAUGAUUCACAGUUCACGUUAGUGAUAACUCUUAAAGUAAAAAUGACAUAGGCACACAAGUUCUGAUGCUCCCUUUGUGCCUGGAAUAAAAAUUAAAUGUCUCCAUGUGUUGAUUCUUGAAAUGUUGACUUUGUUUUACUAUUGUUGACAUACUCAAUUAAAAGUGACUCUUUAGUGUUUGCAGUUGCUUGAGUUUCGAUGGACUGUAGCUUGGAGACAUUGACUGCUCAUACUUAUCCCAACAGUGAUUUGGUAUGGAGUAAACUUUUGCCAGUUCUGAAUUACUAGUUAUAACUUCUUUUGAUAUUAAGUUAUAAUUAGAAACAGUAAUAUAGUAACUUGUAUUUUGUAUGUGUAUAUGAAAGCCACAGGAAUAAAGGGAUCCAAAGAUUAAAACA